CUGAAGACAAUGACAGGACUGGACAUGGACAUGUCGGAUUUCCUGAAGGACGUCAAAGAUGGGUUGGUCGAGGAGUUGGUCGACCGUACUCUCAACGAGGACGCGCUGCUUCGUGUCAUAUCGGGCGAAGAGGAUAUCGGCGCGGACAUGCAACAGGAUACAAGGGCCUCGUUUGAAGCGGUGAAGAAAUUCAUGGACAAGGAGGAACUCAGCAGGCGUAAGACGGCCAGGGGGGAUGAUGGGUACAUCGACUUCCGGGACGAAAUGACGCGCGUAACUGACGGGAAGGGCGGGAUGGAAUGGGUCCGGAACAAAAACAUUCAAAAGUGGUUGGACUUGCAUUCUAUUGCUGCACAGACGAGCUAAAUGCCGGGCGUUAAGGGGCGUGCAGCGUACCGUACGUACAUGAAACUACCCUUGCCGUAGACGCAGCUUAUUCGUUCUGCAGACUCUCGUUGGAGGACAGGUUGCAGACAAGCACGCCGCCCGAAACAGCACGUGUUUGGACGUGCAACCGACAAGAGGGGGGUGGUGGUAUUGGGUUGGUAACAAAGGUGUUCAGUAUGUGGUUGGACUUGCAUUCAAUUGCUGCACCGACGAAUUAGAUGCUGGGCUUUUAGGGGUGUGCGCAGCGCAUGAGCAUGAAACCACCUUUGUUGUAGGCAUGGCCUUUCUGAUUUGCAGACUUGUGUCGGUAGACAUGGGGGUACAGAAAAGCAUUUCGAAAUCGACAAGAGAGGAAUCGACGAACUGGGCGAACGUGCGCAUGUGUUCCCGGCCGUACAACGGUGAUCACGGAGAACGUACAUGGUGUAAUAAGGGCCCAGCGCCCAGCGCGACUUUCGUCACCCAUAAAGGAAGCGGCGGCGGUAUACGUCGAGAAGCCAAAUCUUUUCUCGGCAUUGAUUGCUUUCGGAUUUGUUUUUUGUUUUGCCGGCUUUCGUUUGGUCUCGCAUAGACUGUAGAGAGUUCCUUGUUUUUGUUGGUUUUGUUUCUCUUGCGUUCUGUGAUUUGGUGGUACCGCCCUCUCGCGAUCACCUGACCAUUACUUAUCCGCCCUAACUCGGCGGAGGGGGUGCGGUUGCCCAGUCGCCGAGGGAAUCCACUGCGGUUGUCGGAACUCGUAUCACGUUGUCGCGUGCUUACUUUUGUGUCAGCGCGGUAGCAGCAAAGCACCUCAUUUUCGACAAGAAUGAGGACUCGCCUGGCCAUGGCACAUGUAAUUUUCGCCAGUGGACAAUCGUCAACCAGGGGAGGUUGGCUCAAACACCAAUGCACCGUGGCACUCUCCUUGCCAGCUGUGAUCCCGGCCAGCGCCACCUCCCUCGCCGACAGCGCCAAAGGUGGUGCCGAACUAACGGCGGCGUACGCAGCUUUCGC